CAUUUGGUUUAUUUUCGGUUUACAUUUUUGCUUUAUUUUUUAUUUGUAUUUGUAUCAAAUGUCCUAUGGUCUACUGCAUAAAGGAAUAGCCUAACAAGUGUUUUUUCCCCCCCCUAUCAGCUUCCCCACAUGCCUCAUAUCAGCGAGUGUCUAAUGAAACGAAAUCUGAAACCUACCGACUUGAGAGACAUGACGCUGGGCCAGCUUCAAGUUAUAGUCAACGACCUGCACUCCCAGAUUGAGAGUCUGAAUGAGGAGCUUGUACAAUUGCUACUGAUUCGGGAUGAACUACACAUGGAGCAAGACGCCAUGCUGGUUGACAUUGAGGACCUCACCAGGCAUGCCGAGAGCCAGCAGAAACAUUUGGCUGAGAGGACCCUAUCCAAAUAAGAUGCCCGUCCCAUCCAGUCCCUGCUCAGAUCUGUUGCCCCUCUGCAAACUUUAACCCCUGCUCCAAGACAAACUUUUCCUCUCCGGAUCAUUUCCUCUGCUCCCCGUGUCUAUCCGAAACUUCCCCGCUUGUCCCAAGUAUUUUUGCUCCCACCCCACUUCCCCCACCCCUGUUUCCUGCCGUUUCCCACCCUGCCAACUCACUGACUUCACCGGUAGCAACAGCACAGAAGAAAAGACACUCUCUCAAACUGCUUCUCCCAGCACCGAAGGACGGAGCAGCGCUUCCUACUUCCCGGGAGAAGAGGGAAGCUGAUUGUGUGUCGUCAUAGAUUCUGUCCCCCAGGCUUCCUGUGCAGUAAUCGGCCUUGCUUUGCUGCUGUUUCUUUUCAACUUUCUACAUUUGCCACUAAAUUAUAACUGUUCAAAUGCAAAAAAAUAAAAAAAAAAUGUGGAAAAGAAUAAAAUAAUAGUUAAAACUUUAGUAGAAAGUCAGUCAUGAGAAGAAGAAAAAAAGAAAAAAAAACUGUAUGACAAGAAAACUUCAAACUAACUUCUUCAGAUCAUUUUAAGUUGGACUCAACGAUGAACCGUUUUUAUUCUGCACAAAAGGUAGUUUUCAACUGAGAAAUGUUUGUCCGAAGGUGUUAAAACGAGUGUAAAAGGAAACAUGCCUGCUUUGUAGUGGAGUUGUAGACUUUGGUAAUACGUUCACUCUGAACUGCUCUCUCAGCAUUUUGUGAAUGUUGAAUCUUUCUGACACGAGUCAUUUCAAAUGAAUAAGUGUGUUAAUAUAAUUUUCAUCCUGCUGUAUUCAGAUGCUUUAUUUGAGGGAAGAAAUGUUUAUGUACAGAUAUGUAAAAUAAAGAAUAAACUUGGUUUCGUAA